GUAUUGUCCCUGAGGUAUAGAUCUCUACAUUGAACAAGCAGGUGUACCGGAGUUAUAUUACUUUAGAUUACAGAAAAUAUUUGUGUUUUGAGCAUUUUUCAAUUUAAAUUACGUCAUUGUGCACGUGUAGGUUUAUUCUUCUAUAUUCAGAGGUUAUAAGAAGAGUCUCGGAGAACAAAGGUGCACGUGUAGGUUUCUUUACUUUUAUUCAGAGGUUAUAAGAGGCGCGGAAAACAAAGACAAUUCGCAAAGGAGAACGAUCUUAUGAUGUAAGGCGAAGUAUAUGGAGCUGAGAUAUAGAAGAUGAAAUCUGACACUGUUAAGAUGUAAUGAACAGACAUACUGUAAACAAAUCACUACACGAUUAUAUUGUAAACUUCCAUGUGUGUUAGACACGCGCAUCAGCACGGUCGAGAAUAAUGAGUCGGCGUGCCAGUUUGUAUGCUAAACAAAAUCCAACCAAACCUCGACCUAAAGUUAGAUUUUCCGAUGAAUUAGUCUUCUUGGAUAAUAUAAAGGAAAAUGAUAUUCCAGCACUUGGAUCAAUGUUACGGAGAGCAAGUCUUCAAGUUGAUAUUAGUGGAAUAAAUGAUGCAGGUUUAACGCCAUUGCAUCAAGCAGUUCUAGAUGGAAACUUAAUGGCAGUAAGAUUACUAGUAGAACACGGUGCAAACAUCAACAAACAAGACGACGAUUACUGGACCCCUUUGCAUGCCGCAUGUGCAGAGGGACAUGCCGAAAUAGCUCAAAUAUUACUGGACCAUGGAGCCGAUAGGACCAUACUUACCGAUGAAGGAGAGAGACCUUUAGAUUUAGUAGAUCCUUCGGAUUUCGCUACUAUACGUGUCAUGCUGGACAAUAACAAACAAGAGGAAGACUCGCAGACUAGUGAAGAUGAUCUAGACGAUUGUAAUUCAUGACGUGAAAUCACAGAAAUCAAAGUAUUGUCGGGCAAUGAAUGACAGUGAAACUUUCCUUGUUUCAAAAUCCACAACGUACAUGUAUAUCUCCGUUCAUUUUAUUCUAGACAUAACAGAUGUUUAUGUGUCACAGUUUAUUUCAACGGGUAAAUGAGAAAAACAAGUUAUGAUUUAUCAUUUAGAAUGUACAUUUAAAAACAUUUGAAAUUAACAUAAAGCUGUCCGGGUUCAAAAGUUUCAGAUUGUUCAUUUGCCUGCAGGAAAGUUGUGAAAUUAAAAAGUAUUCGUUCUUGGAAUAGGAUCUACAUCAUGGAAAUCUGUUUCAAGACUUUAAUCUAUCUUAUUGAUGUUCAAACCCUGAAAUUUCGAUAUUGUCUCCACAGCGAAAGUAGGAACGGGAAAUUAUGUUAAGUUUUUAAUUAAGCUCAAUUAUCAUCUUUUUUCAGUUUCUCAAAAAUAGAAAUAUAACCAGGGGCGGAUCCAGCCAUUUUUUAAAGGGGGUUCCAACCCAGGAUAAAGGGGGGUUCCAACCAUACCUCCCAACUCAAAAGCAUUGAUCGUCAAAAAAAGGGGUGUUCCAACCCUCGGAACACCCCCUGGAUCCGCCACUGAUAACAGUUGAUAUUAUGAUUCAAAAUUCAUCACAAAUAUGACAAAAUCAAGUUCUACAUGGCAGUUGUUUUUCACUUGUUUAGUUGAUUGAUAGCGUUUUUAAUUAUGUCAGUUUUUAUGGACUUCCCCUUUUUGAAUUUGCCUUGCAGUCAGUAUGUUUGUUAUAUUUUUUUAUUACAGAUGUUUACACUAGCUGUUUAUAAUUACAUGGCGUUUUUCUGGGACUUAAUAAUUAUCAUUUUACCUCACGAAUUAAACCAUCACAACUUAUUCAUUUGAUUGUGUACAAAGUGCAUUAAAGUUGAGUUUAUUGUCUGUAAGGUGGACCGUGAAAUCGUUCACUGCUAUCCAAUAUAAGGUACAUAGAAAUCGAACGUAUUUGUUUGGGUGAAGAAACUUUUUUUUUACAUUAGAGUUGUCUAUCUUUUAUCAGAAAAGGUACUUUAACGGAAGGCAGCAAUUCUUUGUUAUAUUAAAAUGUUUUCUAUUUUGUUUUUUCAAUGACCAGAAUGGUUUUAGAUGGGUACAGUAGUUUUAUGCCUUGUUUAAUUUCCACAUUUUAAUCGUUCAUUUUUUUUUUUAGAACUUUACAUAUUUAAUAGGCCAUGUACGCCUAUUAAAUAUUAAUAAAUAUUGUAACUAU